GGCAUAGCAGCAGAGAUGACGUCAGGAACUAGAAGAAGGGAGAGGUGAUGGCAUGCAGCAAACAGAUUAUCCUUGACCUCCAGACGGUACUCACCCUAACCCAGCUUUUCUUGCCAGAGUCCUUUUCUGCCACAGGAGAACACACUGGUGGUGCUAUGUGCAUUCGGGCCACAGAACACAGACGCCACAACAGCACAAGUAAGACUCAAACAGCGCCAGUGCCAGUGCCAGCGAGUUCAGUGGUUGUAAGGUGGUAUGCCAGUGUUGUGACGUGGGGCAGGAGGUGAACAGCCUGACAUGUUAGGAGAGGGAGGUGCAGGACAGCAAGACAUUACAUCCAGUGUGAUGGAUGCCUCGCCAGAGAUCGCCGCCGAGGAGGAAAAAGUGCGGCGACGGCGGUCUACUCUGGGAGGGUGCCGCCGCUCUUUCACCAGUGUAGGGGGCAGGCUGUCCCUGGCUGGACCCCCCGCCCCAUGCCUCGAAGACCAGAUCUUGCGGUUGGAAGAGGACCAACCCUGGGAUACCAAUCUGAACUUGUUGCUUGGCAUUGCUCUGCGUGAAGCUGCGAGAAGACUGGAAGCACGGUUGCCUGGAGAUGAGUGUGUGUCAGAGCUGAGAGCAGAUGUCGUGAAACAGUCUGGUGCCUUGGCAAAGCAGAUCUCUGAGCGGGUGUCUGGACUAACACCAACUGCUGCUGAUGCCAGUGGGCAUAGUACUUCCAGCACAAGUGCUGGCAUCAAUGCAUACAAAGAAAAGACAAAAGCACUGGGGAAGGAGUACAGCAAAUGGAAAGCAAUGAGUAAGCAGAGGGUAGCUGAAUGUCGUACUGCUGAAAUGGAAUUCCAGGAGGCCAAGUCUGGGGUGACCACCAUGGACGAGGGUUUGGAGCAUCUCAGCUCAGCUCAACAGAACCUGUUGGACAGUUGGCCAGAUUGUUCACUCUUUAUAGAGGAGGCACACCAGGCAAGGGAGAAGGCCCACCUGGCACUAGAGGAGGUGAGACGAACCACACAGGUAGUGAAUGGUCUUCUUACAGCCUCCAAGCUUCAGGCAGACAGUAGCUAUUGUGCUUUAGAGAGCCUGACCAAUGCACAUGUCAAGCAAGAGUCACUGACUGGACUUGUAAACAGUUUAAUGCAGCAGCACAUCACCUGCUCAUCUGGAGGAAAGGAUACAGAGUCAUCAGUAGGAUAGCACCAGUGUGUGUCUAAGUAGUAUUAGGAGUAGCUGGAGGAUGUCUGUCUUCCACAGCAAUACAAAUUGAAACAUUAGGGUUCUACAGAAGUUUGUGGGAAGAGGAUCUUGUGAGUGUGGAAGGAGAUACAGUCAGCUCCCUACUUGAUGAAGCACCCUUCCUACCCUUAUUUUUAUCUAAAGCGACAUGUCAACUCAAAGGAUUUUAGGAGGUAAAUAUUACUGGGCAGAAGUUGUGACAUGUAAAAUAUUAAGCCACACCUUUUCUUAAACCUACUCUCCAUCACCACCCCAUCCCCACUCCCUAGCUCCUCUUCCUAAGCCCUCCAUUCUCUCUCUCUCUCUCUCAGUAGGUGUCUCAUGCACCUAAUAAGAACAGGGAAUGGGGAAUUUGUGUGUGUGUGUGAAUAUGUGCAGAGAGAGAGAGAGAGAGAGAGAGAGAGAGAGAGAGAGAGAGAGAGCUAUAGGGGAGGGGAAAAUCUUAAAUAUGGGAGAAGGGGGGUGUGGAGGGAGAGAAAGAGGGCAGACCUAAAAACUACCUUCGUCACAGGCACCUCUAGCCAAUCCCUGCUGCCAUGAAAACAAUAUGACAGGGGUUACUUUCACUGGAAAUAUAGGUAAAAAAACUGGUUCAUUGAGUAGGGAGCUGGAGCUGACUGUACAGUACAUAAAUGAGAAAGAAUACAGAUGUAAAGAUGGAGAGGCAGUGGUGGGCAAUUUCUUUGUAAACAUAAGGUGGGUCUGUUGGGCAAGCAGCAGCAGCACAAACUGUGUAUUAUUUUGGGUAUUUAUUUUUCUUAUUCACCUGAAAUGCUUAUCAUUCAAUAAUAUUGAGACAAUUCCAUACAUUGAAUGAAGGUAUUUGUGUAUGCACAGCUGCUAUACAAUUUAAAUCUCCUUAGUGCUGAUAGCUGCUGCUGUUCAUCUUUGCAAACAUGUGACACAGGUGUCUCAUGCUGCUGCCCAAUUUGGAAGAAAUUUUUUUUUUGAUUGCAUGUUAUAUUUUGUUACUGUGCUUUUUUUCUUUGUAUAAGUUGUAUAAGUAAGCUUUAAUUUUAAACUUCACAAAAAUCCUGUGAGAAAACAGGUUAUAUUUCUAUGGAAAGCAAGGUCACUUUCCUUAACUUUUGGGAAUAAUUUAUGGUAUAAAACCCAUUUUGCAAGAAUGAAUGUGAACAAAUGACUUCCAAGAUCCUAUUCAUCAUUCAUAAGUCUCCUAAUAACCUACAUUUCCAUAGAUGACUCACUUCCACAGAGUGGUUGGAAAGUAACUCCACAUUGAAAAUUACUAUGACGUGUUAAAAUGUUUCAUCCUCAGUGAAAAACAAAUGUAGCCCAUAUGAUCCAGUGUCUGAUGUGAACGUGCCCAGCUGGCAUCUCAUGAUACGAGUGCAAGGUCAGUCAGCUUCCUGUGACAGUUCCUGAUGGGCUUUUUCACCCACAUAGUAUGAGAGCUGUGAACACCCUGCUACUAUCUCUCCUCCAAUUCAACAAACUGCCAGCUGAAGAUGCUUCUGUAGUCAAGGAUCACUUUUAGCUGGUCUUGUCACUGUGAGGGUGAAUCAGAAAUUAGUACAAGGAAGUUAAAAGUAUUUCUAACAGACAGGAAGCUACUUUUUACAGUUUACUUCCCACUUAUAUUAUUGCAUUGUACAAGGAAGAUUUUUUAAAUAAAUACAGUUUCUUUAUUAAUAAUAA